CCCUUUGAAUGUCAUCAUCUAAGGUCACUGUCAUACUGCCCACGGUCAGAGAGCAAAGUUCCUGUUUUAUCUGAGGAAUCCUUGGUUUUGAUGGUUCAAAACAAAUGGUUUGGAGAGGAGCGGAAAGCAAGCCUCAUACAGCGGCAAAAGGAGGCAGAUGCUGAAGGUGUGCCCCUGUCUUUGGAACUCACAAUUGGUGGACCACCAGCCAAGUAUCACAUUUCUGUGUACGAGCCCAAGGUGUCCUAUUAUAGCAGGCUUCAAAGGACCAUUGUAGCUUAUGACAGCAAAAAAAAUAGUUGGCAUUGUCCUUGCGCCAAACCAAAACAGGCAUGCAAACAUAAAGCCAUAGGUAAAUGGCACCUUUUUCAAACAAAAAGGCACUUGUUUAGGAGGCUGAAGUCCACCGAUUCAGAGGGAACCCUACCACCACAACUGACUUCAGAGCAGGACGGCAGUCAGCGGGAAGAGGGAAACUAUCCACCAAGGGACAAAGGGGUAGAAAGAAUGCUGAAGUACAUCGCGGCGAAUAAAAAGCUCCCUGCUGAAAUACCACAGGCUCUCAUACAACAGAGCAGAGAUGCCCAUGUGUUGAAUGGCUAUCCAAGGCAUUUGAUUCCAAAAGAAACCAGAUGUAUGGAAUGUGAUUGCAUGCUCAGUGACCCUGUACUGAUAACCUCUAAAGGGAGGAUUCUGUCAGCCAAUAGUGUCAUUGAAGGAAUAUCAACCUACAGGAGAGUAUGCCUGGACUGCAACAUGGUGUACAGGUACCAGGAGUGGGAGGAUGGUGUCCACAAUUUUGACGACCAUCUGAUCCUGUCCCUGCACUUGUGCCUGUCGUUAAGGAAUGGAAUACAGACACACACUGCUGUCAGUAGACUUCUUGACACUUUUGAAGCUACAGAAAAAAUGUCCUUCCCGAACAAGGACAGGGUUCUGCAGGCCUAUUUACACUUCGAGGCUUUAACUGACCAUGAAUACAUGUAUGCAUGUAUAUCCUGUGGAUACAAUCCAUCAGUUAUAGUAAUGGAUCUUCACAAAAAAGGGUCAGUGACAUUGAAAGCCCACCAGACAACUAUGAUGGUCAUGUGGACAUCGAACAGUUCUGGGAUGCUGUGACGAGAGAAAUGCUCAGCAGAGGUUUAAUUCCAUGUAAGUCAUGAACAAAGUCAAACCAGCUUUUAAGAAUAACAAUGUUUUGUCUCUGUUUGAGAUUAUGUGAUAUCAUUUUCUAAACAAAUGCUUUACGCAACUAUUUCAAUAGUAGGUGAGAAGAACCCCUUUGUUGUUGCCCCGAGCUACCACCACUGGGCACCAUGGAUCGGUCCCCAAACCAGAUGCUCAGCACAUGUCCUGAGGCCUGUUUCAGGUAGCUGGUUUUGAGGCAACCCCGAGUUUGUUCGCUCUGAGUUAGUGGAAACUCUGGAUUUUCCGUUUCAGGUAGCAGGUUCAGCGCAACCGAGAGUUAGUUGCUGCGGCAACAUACGCCGUGGGUCUAACCUGCUCGGGAGGUGGUUAGACCUACUCUGAGUUUGUUGUCUAUAAGGCUGAAGGCAGCUCUCCGACAGAAGGAAGUGUUAGAAAUGGCAUGUCCUUUUCUACGAGAGCCUGUGUACGUAGAGGCUACGAUCCUCAGAAGGAAUCUCCGUGAGGAACGAUUAUUAAGACCCCGGUUGGAUAUACUUUAUUUUCCUGAUCAUUUUCUAUCGUUGCUAUCGUUUUUAAGCGCAAUCCAUCAUUUAUUUAGACCACCUUCUCAGCCCCCAUGUUAACUGUCAAACGCACCGGGGGCAUGCUUGAAGUUUAAGUUUAAGUUUUUUGACGCAAUUAACGCAUGAGUAGAAUGAUCUGCCCCGUGCAUCCCACCCGCUCUGUACUACAGUCACUUUAACGUUGUGGCUUUCCCAUGAUCAGAGUAGCUGACUAACCACGGACCUAUAACUGCUGCAAGUCAAGAAACUCAUUUUAAGAAUGCAAGGCAGAAAAGUCCCUGGUACUGCUUUUAACCAGAUGCUGUUCUUCUCUACACGCAGCUCAGCAUAAUCGUCUGCAAUGUUCACUGAAGUAAAACCCUUUGAGUAAACUGUUCAACAAAAUAACUUGUCCCACCACAGCCCGAUGUUCUAAUAAAGACAAUCUACUUUUUAUGAGGAUUUCUUUAUUUCCUGAAAGCACAAAGUCAUUCAUAUUGGGUAUGUUUUUAGAGCAGGGAACAG